AUGUCGUCGCAAAGUCUCAAUCCCCAAUGGCAGGGCGGCUGGCAGACACAGCGGCGCCAGCAGUCGCCGCCGCAACAGCCUGUGUACCCAAACAAUCGACAUUCACAGGCCUCUUCGCCCGACCAUUCAUACUAUGGACACUAUGCACCUGCAUCAGGAUCAUAUAUACAACCACACUACAGCGAAGACAUAUCAGUACCUUUCAUUGCAGAGCUGCCAGCGCCGUUGCCUCCGGCCCCACCGACUACGACUUCUGGGGAGCAAUUGAAGCAGGAUGAGCUGCUUGCGCAUAGGAUGCAACAUUUGGAGGUAGAAGGAGUUCGAAAGAGAUCGGUUAGUGCAGUAAGCCAACAUCAACGCCCUGCAAGUAUGAUGCCGCCCAGCUCUCAGCGUCUAUCACCACUCCUACAUCAGCAACGAUCUGCGCAGGCUUUACGAUUACAUUCAAAAAGCUCGCUUCGACCCCAUUCGAGAAGUGUCGGAGCGGCCGCCGAACCAUGGAGUCCUGGAUCAUUCGAACAACCGCGAGAUCCAAAUCUGUUCAGCACCUUACCGGAAGUGGUCGUCGAGCAUGAUACGGAUAAAGAUCUCAAGUCACCACUUGAAAACUUACCGAUUCCAGUCUUGCUGGAUCAACAGCCCACGGUCCGGCUACAGGAGCCCAUAAGACGCCCAUCAGUCGCACUAGAAUCAAUGUCGUUGCCUGGAUAUCUCGAGCAGUACCGCCAAACACCGUAUCCGCCUCAGUGGAACCUUCCGCCUGUUGUUUCUGCACUGUAUGCUUACCAGGAGAGCAAACGGUCAUCCGGAUCCAGCUGGCUGGACACACCAGAGUCGUGCGCAUGGCGAACAAUACGCCCCUCGGAGCAUGCACGCAAUCCUGUUCCACCGGCGUACAUGUUUAGAUUUAAAAGCACGUCUGGCAGCUUCCGCAGCCCAAAAUUUUCGUGGACAAUGGCAUGUCCCGAUGACCCCAUUGAACCGGGAAAGAAAGUUUCGAAAGCACAGCAGACCACAUGGGCUUAUGAACUCAAGCUGGAUCCCAGGACCAAUCUACGCAAGUCAGAAGUCUUACUUCAUGGUGGUCCAAACGCAAGAUCCACCAUGACAACUUAUUUGCACGCGCUCAAUUACGACUCACUGCGCUUCAUCGGUCCAGAUGGACGCGCAUAUAUGUGGGUUACAAGCACCAAGGUUUCCUCCAUCCACGGUUCACGAUACGACACAGUGAGACAUGCGCUCUUCGCCGCCAUAGGGAACAAUCCCGAUCCGCUGUAUGGUGGCAUCGUUGCAGACCACUGCUUCUGGGAUGGACAUGUUGAUGCAAGCGGGGGUUAUCUCCCUGAUGAAUCUAUCUACAUACGCCAGACGACCGUGGACCCGGCACUUGUCGUAGCGACAUUGCAGGUGAUGAAAGAGUGGGAAAAGCAUACACUCAGACAAGAGAAAAGGAAGAACCCCAAAGCCUUUGUAGCAGCUGAAGAAGAAGCCCGGAGAUGUGAACUUGGUGCCUCCAGCUAUUGGCAAGCCUGA